CCGCAGGACUCAAGCAUGAACGCGACGGGCGUGAGGAUGGUGACCCGGAGCCGCAGCCGGGGCCCGGGGGCCGGGCCGCGGGGGGGUGGGGAGAAGGCCGCGCCGCUCUGGAGGGGAGAGGCGGCUGCAGAAGGAAGGAAGAGCCCCAGCCCUUCGAGGCAUCGGCGGAAGACACAAAAACUGAACGUGGCCUACGAUCGCGAGGAAGAAGACACCAAACCCCCCAGGGCACCAAGCUGGGAGCCCCGGGACUGGCGGCAGCAGCUGCUGAACAUCCGCGCCAUGAGGAGCGGGAAGGACGCACCUGUGGACUGGCUGGGGGUUGAGCACUGCUACGACUCCGACGCACCCCCAAAGGUGCGGAGGUACCAGGUGCUGCUGUCGCUGAUGCUCUCCAGCCAAACCAAAGACCAGGUGACAGCGGGUGCCAUGCAGCGGCUGCGGGCUCGGGGCCUGACAGUGGACAGCAUCCUGCAGACGGAUGACAGCACGCUGGGCACGCUCAUCUACCCCGUCGGCUUCUGGAGGAGCAAGGUAAAGUACAUCAAGCAGACCAGUGCCAUCCUGCAGCAGCGCUAUGGCGGGGACAUCCCAGAUUCCGUGGCAGAGCUCGUGGCACUGCCAGGCGUUGGACCCAAGAUGGCACACUUGGCCAUGGCGGUGGCCUGGGGCACCGUGUCGGGCAUCGCGGUGGACACGCAUGUGCACAGAAUUGCCAACAGACUCGGGUGGACCAAGACAGCGACCAGUUCCCCGGAGAAGACUCGUGCUGCCCUGGAGGAGUGGCUGCCCCGGGAGCUGUGGGGCGAGAUCAACGGACUGUUGGUGGGCUUCGGCCAGCAGACUUGUCUGCCCGUCCACCCACGCUGCCAGGGCUGCCUCAACCGGACGCUGUGCCCGGCCGCGCGGGGCCUCUGAGGACCAUGGUGCUUCGGCCCCGGACGCCGUUCUGGGUAGUGCGUCGCGUGCCUUUGCUGGGGAGCCCCAGCCUGUUUGUAAUAAAGCUUGGGAGUUG